AUGCUUUGGAGUCUAAUAAUACUUGGACUCUCACGCCUCUUCCUACUAGAAAGCAUCCCAUUGGUUGUCGUUGGGUCUACAAAAUUAAACAUAAUUGAUGGUUCUAUUGAGCGGUAUAAAGCACGUCUCGUAGUUAAGGGCUACACUCAGAUUGAAGGGGUCGAUUUCCAUGAUACAUUUUCUCCCACAGCCAAGAUGAUCAUUGUUCGUUGUCUUCUUGCUAUUGCUGCUGCCCACUCUUGGACUCUUCACCAGAUGGAUGUUCACAAUGCAUUCAUUCAUGGCGAUCUCCAUGAAGAAAUUUAUAUGAUUCCGCUGCUAGGUCUUCAGCGCCAGGGGGAGAACCUAGUAUGUCUCCUCAACAAGUCUUUGUAUGGUCUCAAACAGACUUCUGGACAGUGGUUUGCCAAGUUUGCGGAAGCCAUCCAAGCUGCCAGUUUCAAGUCUAAAGCCGACUAUUCUUUAUUCACCUACAAAUGA